CUCCACAAUAGAAGAGAGGGAGAUAUCAAUAAGAAAGAAAAAUUGUUAAAGAGAAGGCUUUUCAUUUAGAUCCUCCAUCUUCUUCAUCAAUUCAUCAAUAAAAACAUCAAUAAAGAUGGAGAGCAGCAAUGUUAUGGCAAUGAAAUGUGGUUUGAUUGUUUGGCUAUUCCUCAGCUCGCUCUCCAUCGCUGAUUCCUUCAUCGACGAACCCACUCCUCUUGGGAACUGCUUCAAAUCUUGCUUAGCCGAAUGCGUCGUCAAUAAGAGAACCGCUCGCCUAUUGUGCCCGUUCAAAUGCACUAAAAUUUGCGUGGCCGACCCGUCGACCACCCAUUUCAAAUUCGUAAAGGUCGACAAUUACUCCUCAUGCGAGCUCCAGUGCGCAGCUUCUAUGUGUGGCGAGUUUAGCACGAAGGAAAAUCCAGAUGAAAAAGAAGUGGAGAAGUGUGUGAAGUCUUGCGAUCAAACAUGUUCUAUUGAGAUCAAAUGAUGUAAUAGUGGAUCGAUCUCCUAAAUGAAAAGUCUUUUAACCUUUACUUUUUUUCCAAUAAAAAACAAGUCAAUUUUGUAUGAAAUAUAUGUAUUGAUUUAUUGAUUUAUUAUCAAUGAAACUUCAUUAUUUUUGUUUGGAAGAAA